CCCAUGCCCUCCCUCCCUCCCAGCCCCCUGGCCAUGGAGUACCUGAACGACUUCGACCUCCUGAAGUUCGAGGUGAAAUCCGACACGCCUCCUCUUGCUUCUCAAUGUGCGUUUCCCAAAUCAGGCCUCCCUCACGACCCCUCCAGCUCCCCGUACACAGGCCAUCCUCCACAGGACUCCAGUCUGAACUCCAGCCCGUACAACUCGCUGCCCCCCUCGCCGACGCUUAGCGACACUCACCCACCACCAUCAGGGUCUUCCUCCCUCUCCUCCUCGUCCUCCUCCAUCUCCUUCCCCCUCUCCAUCUCCAACAGCUUCACCUCCAGUAUCAGCUCUCAGGGGAACGUGGAGGGUAGCCCGGCCCAUGGCGGUCCUCAGGGUCCCACCCCGGCCUCCCUGGAGGACCUGAUCUGGCUGGCAGCUCUCCAGCAGCAGUUUGGAGGGGAGGUGACGGGGCCUGCCACCCUACUGGGCGCUCUGGGAGGAGUGCCGGAGAGAGGGGACCGAGAGAGGGGGCCGGUGAAUGGAUUUCUGGGCUGUGAGGAUGCUGUGGAGGCGCUACUGAACUCAGCUGCUGCAGCCGUCAGCUCACAGUUUCCGGGUCUUUCUCAGAGCUCCAGCAGUAACCUGGGAGACUCCAGCAGCGACAGCGGAGGUGACAUCUCCUGCACCAAAGGGACAGACAUGUGCCACCGCCCGCUCGUCUUCCUCUCAUCAGCCCCUCCAUCGCUCCCUAACGCCGCCCCUGGUUCGGCUCCAUACCAACCCCUCAGCCCAACGGGCCGCCUUCAUCAUCACCAGCAUCACCAUCAUCAGCAUCAUCCACACCACCCCAUGCAUGGCAGCCACCAUCAUCACCAUCACCAUCACUCACAAUGUGGUGUGAACGAGCGUUUCUCUGACGAGCAGCUGGUGAGCCUGUCAGUGCGCGAGCUGAACCGGCACCUGCGCGGCGUGAGUAAGGACGAGGUGGUGCGUCUGAAGCAGAAACGACGCACGCUAAAGAACCGCGGCUACGCCCAGUCCUGCCGCUACAAACGCCUCCAGCACCGCCACGCGCUGGAGUCCGAGAAACACGUGCUCACACAACAGUUGGAGCAGCUCCAGUGUGAGCUGACUCGAGUGCUGAGGGAGCGAGACGCCUACAAGGCUCGCUACGAGAAGCUCCUCACCACCAACCACAGCAUCGCCAGCGACGCACCACCAACCCGCAACAGCAACCCACCUUCACCACCCCCUGACUACUUCCUCUGAGUGUGACCCAGAGGGAGGAACGAUGAAACCAGACCAGCCAACAUCAAGCAAUCAAUGAUGAGUAAUCAGGAGAAAACAAGGACGUGUACGUGUUCAGCAUGUUUGUGUGUGAGGGAGGAGGUGGGAGGAGACGACGGCAGGCUGUACCACUGUGAAAUCCUCCCUGGUUGAUAAAAGGGACACUGACUUUGAAUUCAGAGAGUUUGACUCAGCUCUAGGCUGCUACAAGGACUCAGUUUGACUUUACUGUGAAUGACUGUUACACAAAAACUGUCUGAGAUCUAUAGUUUGAUAUUUCUGAGCAAAAGUGGGGAAAAAAAGAUCUGCAAAUGGUUGAAAAAGCUUUAUUUUAAAGAUGAAGUCUGGUGUUUUUAAACCCAGGCUCUAUUUCUGAAGGUUUCAGGGUCUAAAGAACAAACAGGAACAGUAGAUUUCUUCAAACAGCAACUGUGAAAUGAGCUCUAAUGGCUGCAACGUUAUCAAACGACAUAUGCUAAAAGUUCUGGUUCCUGUCACUGACAGACUCAGAUUGUUGUCCUAAUGAGCUUCAAGUUAAAGAGGAAGAAACAGAUGUUGCAUCACUAACUUCGAAACCACCAUCAGACUCUUUGCACAACUCCAGAGUUUGUUUCUGGUUAGCUUUGUUUCUUAAAGUGUGUCCUAACAGCACGUAAGUGCCAGAUUUUGCAUUGUAGCAUGUAGCAAUGAACGCUAGCUGUUACUAUUAAUACAGCAUCCGUUGAAUGAUUAAUAUCAGUUGCUAUCAGCUGAGCACUGGAGAC